AUGUGGAAACAACAGGUGGAACCAUUGAAUAGAGUGUUGGGCUCUUCACCCAAACCCUUAAGUGAGGAAGCUCCUAAACUGGAAUUGAAACCAGUUCCAUCUCAUCUUAGGUAUGUGUUCCUUGGUCCAAAUGAUACUAUACCAUUAAUCCUUUCAUCAGCUUCAUCUGAAAUACAGGAGCUUUAUAAAGGAAGGGCACAAACCAGUCGCAUAACCUCAACGCAUACUGAAUCCGAUGAUAAAAGAUGUGCUCAGGCUAACUACACUCUCACAGAAAAGGAGAUGCUGGCACUAGUCUAUGCAUUCAACAAGUUCAGAUCCUAUCUAGUAGGUACUAAAGUGAUUAUUUACACUGAUCAUUCAGCUCUUAGGUACCUAUUCAAAAAGAAAGAUGCAAAGCCAUGGCUCAUAAGAUGGAUCCUAUUACUACAAGAGUUUGAUAUCGAGAUCAAGAAUCACAAGGGCUGUAAGAAUCAAGUUGCCGAUCACCUUUCCAGGUUAGAGAGUUUGACACAUGUUGGGGAACAGAUACAAAUCAAAGAGGAAUUUCUAGAUGAGCAACUAUUAGCCCUAGGGGUGACUGAAUUUUUGUGGUACGCCGAUGUUUUCAAUUACCUAUUUAGUGGAGUGUUUCCCCAUGAUGCGACCUCACAGCAGAAGAAAAGGUUGAUGCAUGAUGUCGGGUUCUACAUAUGGGAUGAUCCUUACUUAUUCAAGUAG